AUGGAAUCAACCAAGAUCAACCUCUCACAGGCCAAGGGGGCCGUCCUCGUCAGAUCUGAAGCCAUGCCCGAAGGCUCCCAAGUCGUCGAGGAACUUGACUUUGACCAGCUCAAAGGCCCAAUUACCGCUCAAGACCUAUACCUCGGCAUGCGUAACAUGGGAUUUCAGGCGUCGUCUGUGGCGGAAGCAAUUCGAAUCAUCAACGACAUGCAAGGAUGGAGAGACGCCGAAACGGGAGAUAGGACGACAAUCUUCCUAGGCUACACCUCCAAUCUCAUCUCCUCUGGUCUUCGCGGCGUCCUCCGCUGGCUCGUCCAGCACAAACACGUCUCCGCCGUGGUGACCACGGCGGGCGGCAUAGAAGAAGACUUCAUCAAGUGCCUCGCCCCGACGUACAUGGGCUCCUUCAGCGCCAACGGGGCAGACUUGCGCAAGAAGGGCCUCAACAGAAUCGGCAACCUCGUGGUGCCCAACGACAACUACUGCGCCUUCGAGGACUGGGUCGUGCCCAUCUUCGACAGGAUGCUGGAAGAACAGGAAUCAGGUAGGGGCACAGAGCAGGAAAUCAACUGGACCCCCUCAAAGGUCAUCCAUCGUCUUGGUAAAGAGAUCAACAAUGAAAAGUCCGUGUACUACUGGGCGUAUAAAAACGACAUUCCCGUCUUUUGCCCCGCUCUGACGGACGGCAGCCUGGGCGAUAUGCUGUACUUUCACUCGUUCAAGUCGUCGCCGCGGCAGUUGAGAAUUGACAUUGUGGAGGAUAUCCGCAAAAUCAACACUAUAGCUAUCCGGGCUAAGCGUGCCGGGAUGCUUAUCCUGGGAGGCGGCCUCGUGAAGCACCACAUUGCUAAUGCUUGUUUGAUGAGGAAUGGUGCCGAGUACGCCGUCUACAUCAACACUGCGCAGGAGUUUGAUGGCAGUGAUGCCGGAGCGAGGCCCGAUGAAGCGGUUUCGUGGGGCAAGAUUAAGACGGGAGCUGAUAAUGUCAAGGUCUAUAUGGAAGCGACUGCUUGUUUUCCGUUUAUCGUUGCCAACACGUUUGCCAAGGAUAUCUAG